AAAUCGAAUUAUUUAAUUAACACCAAUAGCCUCGUUAAACCUUCACAAAAAAAUGGCUUCCACACAGGCAAAUCACCCUCAUUUUGUAUUGUUUCCUUUCAUGUCCAAAGGCCACACCAUACCAUUGCUCCACCUAGCCCAGCUUUUCCUACGCCAUGGCGUUUCUCUCACCCUUUUCACCACAAAAGCCAAUCGACCCUUCAUCACUCAGUUUCUCCACCAUCAUGCAGCAGAUUCAAUCUCUAUUAUAGACCUGCCAUUUCCUAGCGAUGUUGAAGGAAUACCUCAAGGUAUAGAGAGCACCGAUAAGCUACCUUCCAUGUCUGUAUUCUGGCAAUUUGUCACAGCAACGAAGCACAUGAAGCCACACUUUGAACAAGCACUCAACAAUCUCUCCGAAGUUAUCACCUGCAUCGUUUCCGAUGGGUUUUUAAGCUGGACACUUGAAUCUGCAAAUAAAUUAGGGAUCCCUCGCCUCUCGUUUUUUGGCAUGUCCGGCUACUCAACCGCCGUGGCUCUAGAAGUGGGUGCAAACCGGCUGUUGUCAGGACCUGAGUCCGAUGAUGACUUAAUCACUGUGACAAGGUUCCCAUGGAUCAAAGUCACUAGGAAUGACUUUGACAAACCUUUCAAUCAGCCAGAUCCCACGGGUCCUCAACAGGACUUGCUAAUGGAGGUUGUGAUAGCAAUGGCGAAUAGCUAUGGACUGAUUAUGAACAGCUUCUACGAGCUUGAGCCGCUGUUUAUUGACUAUCUGAACCGAAAGUCUAACCUCAAAGCUUGGUGCGUCGGACCACUGUGUUUGGCUGAGUCGGGAUUAACAGUUCUAGAUCAUCACGAUCAAAACCCUAAAUGGGUGGAAUGGCUAGAUGAGAAGCUAUCUAAAGGACGCUACGUUUUAUACAUAGCAUUCGGAACUCAAGUCGAGAUAUCAACACGACAGCUGGAAGCCAUAUCCAAGGGUUUGGAAGAGUCCGAAGUGAAUUUCAUGUGGGUGGUGAGGAAGUGCGAGAGCGAGGUGAUGAGUCAUGUUGUUGACGAGCUACAAGAAAGAGUUGGAGAAAGAGGGAUUAUCGUAAGAGAAUGGGUGGACCAAAGGGAGAUUCUGAAGCACGAGAGUGUAAAAGGGUUUUUAAGCCACUGUGGUUUAAACUCGGUUAUGGAGAGCAUAUGUUCAGGGGUUCCGAUACUAGCGUGGCCGAUGAUGGCUGACCAACACCUGAAUGCACGGAUGGUGGUGGAGGAGAUAAAGAUCGGUUUAAGGGUGGAGACGUGCGAUGGAUCUGUUAGAGGGUUUGUGAAGUCUGAAGGGUUAAAGAAGAUGGUGAAGGAGCUCAUGGAAGGAGAAAGGGGGAAAGAGGUGAGGAAGAAAGUUAUGGAGGUUGGAAAAGCUGCAAAGGAGGCAAUGGAGAAAGAUGGAUCAUCCUGGCGGACAAUGGAUGAGCUCAUAGACGAUGUUCAGACUUUUAGAAAUCUGAACAGAGUGAUUUAAGUCUUUUAAUUUAUCGAUCUUCUUCUUUGUAAGAUACGCGUAGUAAUGUCGUUCUUCUAAAAGUAUUUUUAUCGGUUUCCACCAUGUCUUGUGGUCAGGAUGACGAUGAAGCUAUGCCAUGCAUCUCCUUCCUAUCGAGUUUAAGGAAUUUCUUAUAUAUUAUAUUUUGUUCUUGGUCCUGUAAGAGUUAACAUUAUUUUAAAGAAUAAGAGCACACGUGCUCUUUGUUAUCGUCCAUUUUAAUGGAAAAAUGAUUUGUUUAUGUUUUAAGUAGAUAUUUUUUUUUAGAAAAUUAUAAAAAUAACC